AUGAAAGUGCCUCUUUUCCAACUUCUCUGCCUCAAUGCCGUAUUUGCCAGUGCGCAGGUCGUCUCGGGAGCUGCAGAGGGCUUCGCAGCUGGUGUGACUGGCGGCGGUGAUUUAUCCCCUAGCUACCCCGAAACCAACGAAGAGCUGGUGGCCCUGCUAGAGAGUGACGACCCCCAAGUGAUCGUCCUAACUAAGACGUUUGAGUUCGUCGACACCGAGGGCUCUACAACCGAAGACGGAUGCGCGCCGUGGGGCACGGGGGAGAGCUGCCAACUCGCGAUCAACGCGAAUGGGUGGUGUGGCGACAACCCAGUCGCAACGGUCACGUAUGAUAAUGCAGCCAUGAACAGCAUCCGGAUCAAGUCGGACAAGACACUUGUCGGCGAGGGUGAUACGGGUGUGCUCAGUGGGAAGGGGCUGUAUCUCGAGGGCGGUGUUUCCAACAUCAUCGUGCAGAAUAUCAAGAUCACGAAUAUGAACCCUCACCUCGUCUGGGGCGGCGACGCCUUUACCCUCUUUGGCGCGGACCUGGUCUGGAUCGACCACUGUGAAACCUCCGUCAUCGGACGCCAGCAUUUCGUGACUGGCUUCAAUCCCAACACCCGCAUCACCUUGUCCAACAACUUCUUCAACGGCGAGACCACCUACUCGGCCGGGUGCGAUGACUACCACUACUGGACCUUGGAGCUGGUCGGCGUCGGGGACGAAAUCACCUUCCAAAACAACCACAUCUACCACACCACCGGGCGUGGACCGGCCCUCUCCGGCACAACCCUCUUCCACGCCGUGAACAGCGUCUGGUCCGACAUCCCAGGACACGCCAUUGAGGGUGGGGACCAGGGCCGCGGGCUGUUCGAAGGAUGCUACUUCGAAGACGUCAGCGAGAUCGCGCCCGCGGAGCCAGAGAACCAGCUCUUCAGCGCGAGUGACGAGAACGCUGCCUCGUGCGAGUCUGCGCUUGGGCGGGCAUGCGAACCCAAUGGAUACAGUGGCUCCGGUGCGUUUGACAGUUCGAAUUCGGACUUUUUUGGCGACUUUGCAGACCUGACGAUUGCCCCGGCCGGUUCGGCAACGGAUGCUCUGGCUUAUGUUCCUGAGAAUUGUGGAAUUGGGCGCAUUUGA